GAAAAUAAGAAAAGAAAGCCUACAGAAGAAGCGGAGAAAGCGACAGAAGAACAGAGCUCACCUGCUGUACAGGAACCUCCUCUAAAAGCAAAGAAAGCCAGAAAGAAGGAACUCUCCAAAGCGGAGAAAAACUUGGCAAAUAGAGAGAGCGCUUUGGACCGGGCAGAUGAAGAGGAGGAGCAAAAACUGUCUCAAAACAAGGCAAAGCAAAAAAAAGGAGCUUCUCAUGCCAUCACCAAAAGCGUUGUUGAUUCGGAUACAGGCACUACUGUAAAACAACAACAAAAAAAAAAGGUGACUGAUGAAACGGUAAACAGAAGAACAGUGUUUGUUGGAAACUUGCCUGUCACCUGUACUGUCCAGGCGCUGAAAUCUCUUUUUAAAGAGUAUGGACAAAUAAAAUCCAUUCGAUUCCGGUCUUUGGUUCCAGCAGAAGAUACUUUAUCCAAAAAGUUAGCAGCAAUAAAGCAUAAGGUGCACCCUAAUGCGAAGUUCGUUAAUGCUUAUGUUGUAUUUAAGGAAGAGUGUGAUGCCAUUAAGGCUCUAAAUGAAAAUGGAACAGAAAUUGCUAGCGGAUUUCACAUCAGAGUUGACAUUGCAUCAAAAAACAGUUCGCAUGACAAUAAACGAUCUGUAUUCUUGGGAAAUCUCUCAUAUGACAUCAGUGAUGAUGCUGUGCGAGAACACUUUUCUGUCUGUGGAGGUGUAGUAGCAGUGCGAAUUGUGAGAGACAGGAAGACCGGCUUGGGGAAAGGCUUCGGCUACGUUCUCUUCGAGAAUACGGAUGCUGUACAUCUUGCUCUGAAACUCAACAACUCUGUUCUGAUGGGAAGAAAGAUAAGAGUGAAGCGCUGUGGAGACAAGUGGAAAGCACCACAGAAAAGUCCAGAUCAGUCUCGUGCUCCUAAGGACAGAGUUGAUACCACAUCAAAAAACAAGAAGUGCUCUAAUGACUCGUUUGUGGGUGAAAAAGCAAUCCCGCUAAAGAAGAGCACUAAACCGAAAAGACUAAAAACUCUUCCUGGAAAUAAAACUGGGAAAAACAAACAGUCUUUUGAUAAAAAUCGAAUGUAUAAAAGCGUUGAUUAUCAUUGCAAAGAUUGA